CCUGGUUACGCGCCCACUUCCGCUCCUGCGCACUGGAGUUCUACGGAGACCGGUGCUACCUGGAGGAAAUGGCUACUUCCCGCUUACCCCCGGCGACACUAACGUUAAAGCAGUUCAUGAGAAGGCAACAAGUUCUCCUUCUCUACAGAAGGAUUUUGCAAGCAAUUCGGGAAGUUCCAAAUGACUCUGACCGCAAAUACCUGAAGGACUGGGCAAGGGAAGAAUUCAAAAGAAAUAAAAGUGCCACUGAAGAGGACACAAUCCGGAUGAUGAUUACUCAAGGCAAUAUGCAGCUCAAAGAGUUAGAAAAAACCCUUGCUUUGGCAAAAUCUUAACUGUAGCAUUAUUCUGAAAGACUGAAUUUCAGAGUUUCCAUGUGUAUCGUUGAGCUGACUAGACUCAAUGAUGGGCAACCUAAAAGCAAGUCAAACUGUUCAGUACCUGGGAGAAUAUCAGAACACGGAGCACGGCAUGUCAGAGCAAA